AUGCCGUACGAGGACUACGACGUCCUGUCCUAUUUCAUCAAUGUGGGCGCAGGCGACUCGGCCAUCCAUAUCCUCCGGCAACGGAAGACGAAGGAAGUUGAAGCGGCUGUCUUGAUUGACGGCGGCAGAUCAACAUCCGCGAGCUUUGUCGCAGGAGCCAUUGCCAGCAUACGCGCCGAGUUGAACAGUAAAUUUUCAUUCACGUCUAUUGUUGUCACUCACUGGGACUUGGAUCAUUUCGAGGGCCUCAUGAAACUGCUGUACAAUCAAUGGAAGACGCCUCAGCAGCCCGAUUCGAUCACGCCAUACAUCAAGUUUAAUUCCACCACCUUUUACUGUCCAUGGAAGGAUGUUAUUACCCUCGGGAGCAUUAAUGACAAUAUGAAGGUCCAAGAAGACGAAGCAGGGGAAUGCUACUGGCUAUUCUUCCGGCUUUCCUCAACUUCUGAGUGGCACCCCGUCUGUCGCGCUGUUGUGAGCACGUACGCCAUGGGCUACGAUCUAUUUACCCGCUACGAUCACACAAAGAAGACCUUGACGCCGCCAUCCAUUUGGCCAUCAUCCCUGAGCCAAAUCUACUCCUACGCUCCAAACCUCGUGGCUUUUCAAAGGCCAAUAUUUCUCGUCUAUGGGGUUGACGGUCUUUCUUUUAGAGAUGACAACAACCUGUGGACUGCUCCGAGCGCGCCAACAAAACUUUCAAAGAACGACUCAUCCAUCAUGGCGUUGGUCAUCUGGCCCGAGAGAGAUGCAGCUAAACCAAUGCGUGUGUCGUUGUAUACCGGCGGGGACGUUGAACAAGAUCCUAUGGAAGAUGGCUUGGUAAAAUGGCUGGAGGCAGAUUCAGGAAAAUUGAAGCUUGAUGUGGUAAAGGCCAGCCACCACGGCUCUCACUAUUCAACAAGCGAGAAGCUUCUCAUGCAGGACCUGCAGUAUCUCGUCAUCUCGGCUGGAAGCCAGCAUGGACACCCAACCGAACAACGAAACGUCAAGCGGGGGAACUAUUCACACCCUGUCAUGGUCUGUACCAGGCAUCCUUACUGGUUGGUCUGGCACCCAAGUUACCUCAAUGCAAAAGACUGCAACCCGGCAACUGUAAUGGGCUGGGGGUUAUCAGCUCUGGCCAUUCACAGGAACUUCCGCGAGCUCAACAAAACAACCAAUGACAACUUUCUUCCAACUUUCAUGGAAAAAAACUACAAAGAUGCCUUUCCUAGCGCCACGGCUUAUGCUUACCUCAGUUUCUUUUCGGAUGAGAAAAAAACUCGAGAAGAUUUCAAGAAGGUAGUCAAUGAGGACAAGGACCAUCCCUUACGAGAAGAACUUGAGGCUGUUCUGGCUCAGCCGCCACAGGAAAAAGACGUGGUUUAUCUAGCAAAGGCGAUUGAAAAGAUCCAAAGGUCAACGCAGACCAAGGUGCAAGGCUUCCUCGAACCAGGCGCAGAUGAUUUCAGGGAGGUGUCAUGGAUCACACUCAUAGCGAGUGGCAACAGGAGUGCUAUUUUCAGACCCGUGCGACAGCACAUCGGAGACUCUGUUAUUAAACAGGUUGCAGACACUACCAAGACCUUCGCUGGUGAGGGUGGUAUGGUGAUAGAGAGUACUGCUUCGCCCAAGACGAACGCGACGCUCUGGCACUACUCUACAGUCGCCGUCAACACAAACAAACUAACACGGGGUUUUGAUAAUCCACUCAAACAGCAAAAGCCCAAUUCCGCUGUUUUGUCGAUGAAGUCUACGGCGGCGCCACCUGGGUUUUCCUCCGUCGAGGAGUGGAUUGGCUCUAUCCUUCUGAGAGGCCUGCUGGAUGAGAGAGCUGCUUUCGACCAGGUGCUGGGAGACAACGAGUCCGUCUGCGCCAGGUGGUUCGGUGAGUGCUUCAACAAAAGCGUCUCCCUUGGACUGGCUGGAACGCGGGACCAGGAAAGGGUCUUGCUCGAGCGGGCGUAUAUUCGACUCGCGCCUAGCAAGGACGGCGACGCCUUGACCUUUUCAACAAGCGAGCCAGCUCGGAUCUCGCAAUUUGGGACCGAGGCCGGGACUCACCAGACACUACUCGGAUUUGAUGCCAACGUUGAGGGCGUGCUUUUCGCGCUUGAUAGCUUUCGCCCGCUCACCUUGACGCAGUUGGCCGAAAUUAUCAACUUUCCCCUCUCUGGCAACACCCUAGUGUCCAAGUUUCUUGACAAAAUCGAACUGUCCUGCUAUGAAGGAUCUCGUUCAGGUAUCUGGUUUAUUCCUCAGUUCUACUCUCGCACCAUCAUGCGCCUGGCUUUGAAACCCAAGGAUCGUGGUGGGAUAGAGGAUCUGCAAAAGGUCUUGGGGGAGAGAAUUGGUUCAGUUCAGCUUUCAGAUCCCGUUGUCGUUGGGACUUGCGCCAUCGAGAGGUUAGACUCCAAAAAACGUGAGUCGUUGACCAAGCUGGGCUUGCAAGUCGGGAUGAAGUGGGUGAAGUCCAGCUGCUCUCCACCAGCAUUCGAGGGCAACGCAUCUCUCGAGUUUUCUAGUACCGGUGUUGAGCUUGUCUUCAAGCCUGUCAAAAGCGAUAAUCUUCUGGAGAGCCUGCUGAGCUGGGCUGAGGAAGUCAUGGGUGGGAAAAGUGACCAGAACCUGCAGGAAGGCGAGCCAUCUCAGCCUCCCCUAAAGGACCACUUGACCACAGCGCUGGGUGCUGCUAGCUUUUCCAUUCACCGAGUCUCGGUUGCUUUCGACAAGGACAUGAAGCCCCGUUCUCUCGAAAUCUCCGUUGAGGUUGACGCACACUUCUUGCGCAACUCGACAACUCCGUUUCUUGUCACUAUUCGUUGGAACAAUGGAGCCUUUCAGGUGUCGGGCGAGACUUGGCCAGUACCACUUUUUGGAGACCCUUCUUCAUUGAGGCUACAUCCAUUCUACGAAGAGAAUGCCCUGACGAUGCCUACUGCACUCGAUCCUGUCUACGAAAUCCCAAUCGAAAGCCUGCUCCAUCUGCCCGAAGGCGCGCACAUGCCACCCGGCUUGCCAAACAAGGUCACUGAGUUUCGAGCGAGGAUGAGCUUCGGCCAUGGUCAAACAAAAGCCUCAUUUUCUGCCGUCCUCAAGUGUGACAUGUCCCAGGCGAAAGCUCCAGAUGAGACUGCUGCUCCGCUUCUAAAUCUUGAAACAGUAUAUCUAGACCUAGAGGUCGGGUUUCCACCCAAAAGUGGUAGCAAGCUUGACCUUGACAUUCGUCUCGAUGGUCAAUUGACACUCUCUCUCCCACCAAGAUUCGACCCCUCGAGCGUGCCGGAGCCAUCUGAGUCACCCAUAGACUUUGGCAUCUCGCGACAGAGGAAAAGUGAAAGAUAUGAGUGGCUGGCGUCAGCAAGCAUCAAGCAACUCAGAGUGGCGCACCUCUACCAACUGUUUGCCCCUGACGGGUCCAAUAAUGCACUUUUGGAUGUCAUGGGUGGGAUUUACGUGGACUUUGCCAGUAUUCAGCAUCGAUAUGACAAAAGCACCUCGUUAGACAUUCAUGGAAAACUGCGCCUGGGCCAGCCGGAGUCUGGCCAUGCAGUAGAGCUUAAAUUCGACUACGAGCACCAUGCCGAGGGCAAAAGCUGGACCUUCGAAGCUCAUCUACACCCCGAGCCCAGCAAGGUUACGCUCGGAAUUGCUAGUCUUCUUGGCGAUCUAGUAGAUGUGGACGAGUUGCCGGGCUUCCUACGCAAUCUCCAAGUUCCUCUCAACGAGCUGAAGGUCGACCUCGAAUGCAGCAAGAAAACGGACGGCGACAACAAUUCCCAUGUCGUCUUCUCGCUCAUCAUCACAGUCGGUAAAUUUGUCCUCACGCUCGCCCAGGUCCGAUCAGUGGCAGCGGCCAAGCAGAGUGCUGCAGUUGCACGAGAGAGUGACGGUCGUGUAUCAGGUACGACUGACGAUGCUGGGCCAGCUCGGUUGAUACGGUUCACGCUUCCCAGCGUCCGCAAGGUUCCACAUAUGCCGAUCGUUGGCGCGAUUGAGCAGCCCUUUGAUCACCUUGGCAUCGUGUGGACGAAUCGUGAUUUGACCAUCGCCGAGGUCAAGCUUUUCAAUCAAGAGGUCUUCAAGACUGAAUCAUUGUUGAGCAAGAACAAGUCAGGGGAUGCGGAGCCUAUGCUACGUGGCAUACACUUCCAGAUUGCCAUGAACCAGGGUGGAAAGCAUAGACUAGUUCUGGACCACGUUGUUGCCAAGAAACGCAAGAAGAAGGGUCCCAAGAGAUCAGACAACGGUGGACUCCAAGACGGAGAGGAUCUCUCCCUCGCCGAGUCGGACCAAGCCUCUGGUGGAAAGACAGUCGCACCCAUGUCAAAGACUCUUGGUCCCCUGAGCGUUAGCAGCAUUGGAGUUUCCGUCUCCGGACAGUCAUUCAGCAACAUCGUUGUCUCCUUCGAUGCGGGCCUCACCCUCGGACCAGUCAAUAUCAAGCUUCUGGGCCUCACCCUCGCGGUCGAAUUGGAAAAGGUUACUAGCCUGGAUAAACUCGGAGAUUUGUCCUUUUUGGUCGGCUUAGGGGGCAUGGCCAUCGAUUUUGAAAAGUCACCUACUCGACUAGCUGGCAUGUUUGUCCCCUUCGGCUCCCGCAAAGACAGAGAGGCUGGUUUCAUGGGUGCCAUCGCCGUUUCGGUUGCCAAGUGGUCUGCCAUCGCAGCCGGUAUGUACCUCGAGACCAACCCAGAGCACGAGACCAAACCAGACCCCAUGAAGUCGCUCUUUGUCUUUGGCACGUUGCGCGGAACCCUCUUCACGGUGGGCAGUUUCGAUAUCAAUAGCCUCACGGGCGGGUUCGGCUACAACUCGACACUGAGGUUGCCGUCUGUGUCUCAGGUUGCUGAUUUCCCAUUUAUUGCCAUGAACAGCAAGGAUUCAGUACCCCCAGACUCUUUGAUGACACAUCUCACAACUCUAAGUAGUGCUGAAGAGGGCAAGACCAAAUGGCUAACGAUGCCUUCCACCGAUAUGUGGAUGGUCGCUGGUGUUGGAUUCAAGGCCUUCCAGACAGUGGAUGCCCAGGCCCUCGUUGCUCUCACACUGGCUGAUGAGCCCAAGUUUGCCGUCAUGGCUCAGGCCACUGCGAUAUUCCCCAAGGGCAAGUCUCUAGACCGCGCCUUUCUCGUCCUAGACAUUGUCAUCAGUGCCGAGAUCGACCCGCAUCACGGCAAUCUCUUGAUCGCAGGCGAGCUGACGCCCAAGUCGUUUAUCCUCAACAAGUCAUGUCGCUUGACUGGUGGUUUCGCUUGUCAGAUCUUUCUCGCAGGUUCUCCAUACGAGGGAGACUUUGUCUUUACUGUCGGUGGCUACCACAACCAAUACUCGGUGCCGUCUCACUAUCCAGCAGCUCCAUCGCGAGUUGCCAUCGACUGGAGAUACGACAACGAUAUCUACAUCUCGGGCGCAGCAUACUUUGCAAUCACCCCUCAAGUCGCCAUGGGCGGUGGAAGGACGGAUUUGGUUGUCAACAAGGGCUGGGUUCGAGCAACCUUUAGCGCCUGGGCCGACUUCUUCAUGCACUACCACCCCUUCAGCUUUAUCGCUGAAGUCGGCAUCUGUCUUUGGGCCGAGGUCAACAUACCGGCCUUACUCUGCACUAUUCAUCUCGGACCGAAGGAGUUUUCUGCUCGUCUUGGCAUCCAAGGGCCUCCGAUGGCUGGAUACGUUCACUUGCAUUUCUGGAAGUAUGAUACCAUCGUCGCGUUCGGUCCUAUGUCGUCGAGACCACCUCCUCUGUCGUGGGAACCGUUCUUGAACCUAGUCAAGAACCUGCCUGCUGAGCCCCGCGAAUCUGAGGCUAAAAAUGUACCAAACCACAUCAUCACCAUCACAAAGGGCGCCUUGCCCGUCCACGAGAGCGCCCGCCCAGGUUUCCAGGACAAAGAAUCGGCCAAAGUCGAGAUUCGUGCCACACAUCUUGAGUUCCAAGUUCAAGCACGUGUUCCAAUGCUUAGUGCUACGAUUGGGAAAAAUGACAGAUUCGAAACCAGCAGCUCAUCCUCGCUAUUUGUGCGUCCGAUGCAGCACAGUGAAGCCAUCGGAAACUCACACCUAAAAGUCACAUUGAAACACGAAGGCUCAGAUGACGCAUCUCAACCCAAACUGCAAUUGCAGAAUACGGUCACGAAGAAGGUCGCGCCGGCUUUGUGGGGUCGAUACAGGAAUGGUGAAUCUCCCUCUGCCGUUGUCUCGGAGGAGAUGCCAGAACACACAAUGGCCUUGGAUAUCUCUGUGGAGCCACAAUCCCCGUCCGAUGAGGGGCUGCCGGCUGUCGAUGUGUUCCACUUCGCCACGACUGAUUUGGAACCGGGUACGAUCCCUGUUGUUCCAAAGCCUGGGAAGAUGAGUGUCAAGGUUCAAGCCGUAGAGAUGGAACCAAGAGGACACGCACAUAUGCUGAACAUUGAAGCCGUGGAAGAGAAAGAGGACAAGCGAGCACAGUGGAUUAAGGAUUUGAUCAGAACCAGAAAUGCGCUCAACCCAACAAUCGUUCCUGCAAACGCAAGCAGCGAACAGUAG